AUGCUUGAGGGUGGUAAUAAAAACACAAACAACGGCGCUAACACGAAUGGCAUGCUCACCGGUUUGUCCGAUGCGCUUCAUUCGUCCGAGGACGACCUGCGAGCCCCGUACGGUCAAAGGAAAGAGGGAGAGGAAGAUGACGGAAUCGAUAGCUUCGGCAUGCCGGCGUACGUCCCACAGUAUCCGCUAGAGCAGCGGUACUACGAGAGUGUCCUUAGCGUGCCGUGGCACCUGCGCAAGCCUAUUGCAACGAGCAAAUGCACAUUCUUUGACUUUCUUCGCUCGCAGCAGUUCUGGCGCCAGGCGGGGUUUGCCCUUCGUAUCACCCUUUUUGCGGUCCUACUGCCCUCUAUUCUCAUUGCGCAGGAGUAUCCGAAUUCCCCAUUUGUGUCGACGACGUACUGCUUCUCCGCCGCAGUGCUAGCGUCAAAGGUGACUGUUGGUGAGGGCCUCGGGUAUUUGCUCACAUGGGCGCGUGCCGGCUGCAUCUGGCUGCCGCUUGCCACCAUUGGCACAGCUCUCCACCUUGGAGAUCACAUGGUUGCGUGGUGUUUUUACUACACAAUCCUCCUUUUUGUGAUGGCAACGGUGACAGAGAACAUGGUCCGGCGUAUCUGCCUCCUGCUUUUCAACAGUUGCAUGAUUGGAAUGCUCGUCAAUCCCUCACGUAAUGCCCUGUUUCCUUCACGGGUGAUGGUGGAUUGGUGCAUCGGUACCGGCCUCUGCCUCUUCGCAACAUUUGUGCCGUACCCAAUCUUCUCAAAGGCAGAAGCGCAGCAUGCUUUGGCGGAAGUCGCACGGGACACAGGAGCUGCGUUCACUGGCAUGGUGUCGUGCUUCUGGUCAGCAGCCAACGUCAAUCGCAACAUGUCCUUGACAAAGUCAAGGUUGCUGACGGCUGCAAUUGACCAGCAGCUGCAGAAGUAUUAUAUUGCACAGGAUCAUGCUUUCUUUGAAUUCUUGUUUGAGCCGUGGGAGGUGCGAGACGUGCGCGGAGCAAAGGCCCAACUGUUUGAGUCUCUCCGCACGAAUCUGAGGGGUCUCUCUCGUGUUUUGGACAUUGUAGAAGAAAAACCGUGGGUUGUGGACGACCCCGAACGGUCCAGGGCCUUUGGUGAUCUUCUUGAGCCGUUUAUUUGCCAAUUCUCCAAUUCUCUCGAUAAGCUCACCGAUGCGCUUGCGACAGCGAAGACUUUUGAUGAUAUUAGAGCACUUCAUCCCCUGUUUCUGGAGCUGAACGAUGCCACAAUGAAUCUGCAGAGCGAGUUUAACCGAGCCCGACGCAGGCUCUUUUAUGAGUACAAACCCGACAAGUUAGAAGAAUUCGUCCCUUUGAUGACGUUCUUCAUAUUUUCCAUCAUCAACUUCCGUGAUACCAUGAUGAAGCUGGACUAUGAUGUACACUCUGCUCAACCCAACUGGAAUAGUUCUGCCCGGUUGAUUCUAUUGAAGACUGUUUGGGAACCAAUUGAUGAUAAUAUCCAAUUUUUCAAGCGCCUCGGUACACAGUGGCGACGCCGUGAGAUACAGCGUGUGAUUGAGGCGGCAAAGGUAAGUGGGGCUAUGAUACUUACUGUUGGCUUCUCGUACCUUAUAAAAAUCGACAAAGAGUCCCUUUCUGGCCCGAAUAUCAUUGCCUUCGUUUCUGGCAGCAACCCAGUUGAGGCGGUUCAGGCAUCUGUGGUGCGGCUCACAGCCUGCAUUUUGGGUACUGUGCUCGGUUUCUUUGCAGGCAGUUACUCCACCACAACCACCGAUAAGAUUGCGUCGCUGUGCACCCUCAUGUUUUUGGGUACCUUUUUCCGCAUGGACAAGGAGUAUGGGAUCAUGGCAGUGUAUGCUAUGUUCGUUUUGAUUCCUUUGGACACACUGGGUCCCACGACAACAGAUGACACCAUCGCCCGCAUGAAUCAGAACACGUUUGGUAUAUUUAUUUACGUUCUUAUCAGCAUGAUGGUGUUGCCGCUCAGCCCAAGCCUCAUCCUUUGCAAAAAGCGUAUCAACAUUCUCAUAAAAGUGAGUGAGGCAUUGACAUCGUUGUGUGACCUCUUUUCAGAGCCGUUGCCGAUCGGAAACAUGCGCACCACAAGUAUUAUUCGACGAGAAAAAGUCGCCAAUAUUGAAAACGCCUCCGAUGAUUCAAAUAUUAUGAAUGACGUUACGGUCAAUAUGAACAUGAGUACUCGCUUGGUCCUCCGUACAGAUCACACCAUGAAGAACCUUAACGCGCUUCUACGUGAUAUUGAGUCUCGGCUCAAGGCCACAUACCUCUUCAUGGGGUUUGCCCGUGAGGAACGUGGCUUGGUAGAAGUGGACUAUCCUGUUAAGGCCUGCGAGAAGACGUCCAAUCACCUCUACCGUAUGAUUUGCCUGCUGAAGACGAUGUGGUGCAGUUGGGAUGUCAUACGGAGUCAAAAGUUUUACGCCCCUGAAACUCGUCAUAUCUUUCGCAUUCUGCAGCCCAUCGCGUGGGAUGCUUCACGAUCCUUCAGCCGCUUUGUCGACAUGAUGUGCUACGCGCUACGGGACCCCUCGACCGCGAUGGAGACAGAGUUGAUGCAGGUCGUGUUGCAGUUCAUGCAAGCCGCAGAGGAACUACACCUUCGCAAGAAUCAAAUUAUGUUUUUUAUCAUCAGCAAUUCUGUGGAUAGGCAUCUGCAGAAGAACAAGGACCCCAGCUCCAUCCCUUAUGAUUCGAUGCACGAUUAUUCGCCGCGCCAGAGGGAGAAGCCAGGGGCACCGCUAAGCCACAGCCAUGGGCGUCGGCACGAGGAGAGCGCGUCUAUUCUUCCUCUCCUCCGAAAGGGGACAAAGGCAAACCUUUCCGAUGAUGCGUCAGAGAUGCAUGAGAAGGUGGAGCUCCCUAAUAGUUUCGUUAUGCCGGUCACGAGUGAAGAUGCGGAGGGUCUUCACUCGUUCACACUCAGUCUGCAAAUGUUCUCGGAAGAGACGAAGAUGUUGUUGAUGAGUCUCGAAGAAAUGCUGGAUCACUCGCGGAAGAAACUGUGA